AUGAGCAUCCACCUCAACGUCGGCUCCAGGCAAGCUCCGGCCAACGUAACGCGACCAUCCUCACAAGCACAGGAGCUUCGUCACUCCACCGCCGCCCAUUCCGACCCUUCCACAACAACCACGGCCUCAACGCUCAUCGUUUGCUGCUGCUUUGAGCCUUCACUGAAGCUCAGGGGAUACUUUGUGCCCUCCUCUGCCCUCAGAAGGGCCAUCAUUUCGCCGCCAUGUCUGCCUCGGCUAACGUCUGAUGCUUCGACAGCCAGCGCGUACGAUCGACACAUUACCAUCUUUGCCGACAAUGGUAGACUGUACCAAGUCGAGUAUGCCUUCAAGGCAAUCACAGCUGCAAACAUCAUGUCUGUAGGCGUUCGGGGAAAGGACUGUGCCGUCGUCCUCUCCCAGAAGAAGGUGCCUGACAAACUCAUCGAUCCGGCCUCGGUCUCCCACAUCUUUCAGAUCUCUCCUUCGGUCGGCUGCGUCAUCACCGGGUCCAUCGCCGACGCCAGGGCGUUUGCGCAACGAGCCCAGGGCGAGGCUGCCGAGUUCAGGUACAAGUUUGGCUACGAGAUGCCGGCCGACGUGCUCGCCAAGCGGCUGGCCAACAUCAGCCAAGUGUACACGCAGCGGGCCUACAUGCGCCCGUACGGCGUCGCCACGACCAUCAUCGCCCUCGACUCCGAGUUCGGUCCCCAGCUCUUCAAGUGCGACCCGGCCGGGUACUACAUCGGCUACAAAGGCACGGCGGCCGGACCGAAGCAGCAGGAGGCCCUCAACCACCUCGAGAAGAAGCUGCGCAACAAGGACCACGCCGAGGGAACGUGGGAGGAGGUUGUCGAGCUCGCCAUCACGACGCUGAGCACCGUGCUCAGCAUGGACUUCAAGAAAGGGGAGCUCGAAAUCGGCAUCGUCGGCGGCCCGCGCAAGGACGGUAGGGAGGGUACGGAUGCUGCAUUCCGCAUGCUCACCGAGGAUGAGAUUGACGAAAGAUUACAAGCCAUCGCGGAGAAGGAUUAA